GCAGUGUCCACCUAUAGAUAACGACUCACUGCAGCCUAUUGUUAUUCUGAGAAAGUGCAUAUAGAAGAGAGAGUGCAGAGAGAGAGAGAGAGAGAAAAUGGAAGGAAUUAGCUCGAUGAAGAGUUUUAGGAAAAAGGAAAAAGAUCUAUUCCAUGUAAUUCACAAGGUUCCUUUUGGCGAUGGUCCUUAUGUCCGAGCUAAACAUGCUCAGUUAGUUCAGAAGGAUCCAGAAGUAGCAAUAGUACUAUUUUGGAAGGCUAUAAAUGCGGGAGAUAGAGUGGAUAGUGCCCUAAAAGACAUGGCAGUGGUAAUGAAGCAAUUGGAUAGAAGUGAAGAGGCUAUUGAAGCCAUCAAGUCUUUUAGGGUUCUUUGCUCCAAACAAGCCCAGGAAUCACUUGAUAAUGUUCUCAUCGACUUAUACAAGAAGUGUGGUAAAGUAGAUGAACAAAUAGCAUUAUUAAAGCAGAAGCUUAGGUUGAUCUACCAAGGAGAGGUCUUCAAUGGAAAACCCACAAAAACUGCACACUCUCAUGGCAAGAAAUUUCAAGUUUCCGUCAAACAAGAAACUUCACGAAUAUUGGGGAAUUUGGGCUGGGCCUAUAUACAGAAAAUGAACUACAUGGCUGCGGAGGUGGUGUACCGGAAAGCCCAAAUGAUCGACCCCGAUGCCAACAAGGCGUGUAACUUGGGCCUGUGUCUGAUAAAGCAAGCCCGGUACGAUGAGGGCCGGUCAGUUCUUGAAGAUGUAUUGCAAGGUAGACUUCCAGGUUCUGAUGAUUUGAAAUCGAGAAAUCGAGCAGAUGAUUUGUUACUGGAAGUUGAAUCCCGGCAGCCUCCGGAUGAAGUGUCAAAAUUUAUGGGGCUUAAUCUUGAAGAUGAUUUUGUUGAUGGGCUUGAAAAGUUGAUGAGUGAAUGGGGCCCAUUGAGAUCCAAAAGGCUUCCCAUUUUUGAAGAGCUCUCUCCAUUUAGAGAUCAGUUGGCCUCUUAAGUUUUGUAUAUUUUCUUUGUAAUGUAAAAUGCUUGUAGUAUAAAAAUAUAUUAGGUGUUUUUUUUUUUUUUUUUUUUUUUUUUUUUUUUUUUUUUUUUCCAGAUUGCAAUGGUUCAAAACUUAAUUUAUACCCAGAAGAAUCUCAGUAAAACAAAAUGACACUUUUACUUUCAUAUUUUAUUUUUUCCAAAUCAUAUUUUUAUUUUUCCAAGUGAACAUGCCUUUUACACAUAUUCACACCGUGGACGGAGUCCCUUGAGCUAUCCAUAAUUCGUAUCACUUCUCUUACUC